AUGGCUCAACUGGCCAUCGACGAACACAGCCCGGACAUCUUCGCGAUCGUCUGCUUCAACGACAGCUUCCAGCUCGCCCUCAGUUUCGACGACAUCAAGACUCUCCUCCUCGUGUGCAAACGAGCCCGGCCCCUCCUCAGCUCCAAGGUGCCUCGCUUCCACCGCUGGUGCCAGAAGGCGGGACUGUGUCGCCCAGACGGAGGGCUGCGUAUUGGACUCACACACAGUCACGAGAUUGCCAUAUCGCUCCACUGCGAUGAACAAGUCACAAUCGACCGAUCCUGGCUUGUCGCCCAAGCCGACAAGGGUAAUGCUGCCGCAUCGUAUUUCUUGGCAAUUAUCCUUCAAAUCGGGGUUGGUGGACGACCCUACAGGAAUCGGUCCAAGCAGCAAGCUAUCCACCAGCAAAUCUUCCGCCAUCUGAAGAAUGCAACCAACGCAAACGACACGAUGGCGCAAUUCCACUUGGCUGGCUGCUAUCACGAUGGCACUGGUGUCGACCAAGACCACACCAAAGCCGUCGAGUUGUAUCGCAAUCUUGCCGAACGAGGUCUUUCUCAGGCUCAAAUCGCUCUUGGCUGUUGCUUCGAGGGAGGCGAAGGUGUCGAUCAAGACUUUGACACAGCCAUCAAGUGGUACUCCAAGGCCUCCGACCAAAGUAGCGAAGAUGGUCGACUCUACAUCGUGUUCCUCCGAGCCUGGUUCUCGUUCAUUGGCCAUGGUGUCGAGCAGAGCGACGAAAAUGCCUUGAACCACUGGCAGGAGGUCAGCACCCAAUCCACCGAUCCAGUCAUCAAACCCAUUGCCACACACAUGGUCGGAUGGAUGCACUACCUCGGCCGAGGCAGCCAGCGUGACCAGCUGAAGGGAAUCACGAUCAUCCGCAAGAACGAAUCGGAUGAGUUCAACCUUGGAGAGAACGAGUGUCUGACAUCGAUUUGGAAAGACAUCAAGUCCGACUCACCUGUCGCCUGCAAGUUCUUUCAGUUGUGCCAGCUGGGAUCGGAUCGAGACUGGAUUUGCAGACAUCUCGUGGCUGUGUGUCUGUUCUAUGGAUUCGGAACCACCGAGGACCGGGUGAAGGCAGCGGGUAUGUUUGAGCAACUCGCCAACGAGGGCCACAGCGACAGCCAGUUGUGGAUCGGAGAGUGCUACCACUGGAGCGUGGGAGUAUCGGAGGACAACGACAAUGCCUUCGAGUGGUUCAGCAAGUCGGCUGACCAAGGCAACUCGUACGGGCAGUGGAUGGUUGGUGAAUGUUACUACAAUGGACACGGAGUCGCCGAGGACCUCGCCAAGGCCGCCGAGUGGUAUCGCAAGUCGGCCGAGCAGGGAAAUCGAUACGGGCAGCAUGAUCUCGGCAAUUGCUACCGAUAUGGUGAUGGUGUCCCCAAGGACAUCGACACUGCAGUAUUUUGGUACCACAAAUCCGCAGACCAGGGUUUUGAAUAUGCCAUCAACGGACUCAAGAGGCUCGGCAAGUGGCCCUGA